AUGAGCUCUGGGAGUCACGUGCUAAGUUACCCGAAGAAGGAUGUAAAUGAUUACGAUUCCGUUACUGCCAGGAGAAAAUCAGCUGACGUGAUUGCUAGGAAGCCAAUCGUAAUUGCCCAAGUGUUAAGUGUAGACUUGCAUUUUGGAUGUACGCUUGUUUCGCUACAGGCUUUUCGGCCGAGCGGAUUUUUCUCGUUUAAAGCUCGAAAAAAUUAUUUGCGUCCUACAAACCGUAAGGACGUCGUACUUGGCUUGCAAAAACAACUGCAACAAAUACGGCAGAGGAAAGAGUACAUGCUGCUUAAAUAUCAGGAGGAAGUGCGCAAAUUGUACAUCCAAAGCAUUCCACGCCCGGAAGAUGUUCGUUUAAUUGGCACCGGGGAGGCAUCUCAUCCAACUGCCAGAUAUCUCAACGGAAUCUACCAACAGUAUAAAUUGCCCGAACUAAAGUUCAACAACAAUAUCAACAAACACUCCAACAACAAUGUCAACAACAACUUUUACAAAAACAACAACUGCAACAACGCAAACACUCUAAAAGUGUACACCGAGUACCGCAACAACGCCUGCAAAGAUCACAACGACAACUAUCUCAACAAAACCAAACUCAACAAUUACAACAACAAAACCCUCGAUUGCUACAAUCCCAAGAACGACAAAAAGAGCUGCCUAAACAACCUUUACAACAACUACUACAGCAACAACUACAGAAACGACGAUCACAGCAACAGCAGCAACAGCAACUACAAAAACAGCUACACCGCCAACAACAAAAUCAAACCCUACAAUCACAAACUGCAAAAUACCUUAAACAAAUUUAUCAACAGUAUGGAUUGCAUAACCUAA